AUGUUCGAUGGAAAAGGUGACCCUCACGCACAUUUAAGGGCAUACUGUGACAAGUUAGUCGGUGUAGGGAGAAAUGAGAAGUUGAGGAUGAAGUUGUUCAUUCGGAGUCUGUCUGGAGAAGCAUUAACCUGGUAUACCUGCCAAGACCCUCGAAAAUGGCAUGACUGGCAGGAAAUGGCCGAGGACUUCAUGACUCGUUUCAAAUUCAAUACUGAAAUUACUGCUGACAAAUUCUCAUUGGCCAAUAUACAGAAGAAGCCAUCUGAGAAUUUCCAGGAAUAUGCACGACGUUGGAGAACUGAGGCCGCGAGGGUGCAACCACCACUAGAUGAGAGUGAGCUAUCAAAGUACUUUAUUCGAGCUCAAGAAGGUAUCUACUUUGACAAGAUGAUGUCAAUGAAGGGUCGGACGUUUGCAGAAUUGGUCAAGAUGGGAGACUUUAUAGAGGAGGGUGUUAAAUCUGGGAAGAUUCAGUCUAUGGUCGCAUUGCAAGCUGCAAGUAGGGCUAUACAAUCGAGUUCCAUUGGCGGCAUCAAAAAGAAAAGGGAGGAUGUUUCAGCUGUCACUUACCAACCAGGAGGACCAUCUCACCGAUACCCCAAUAAUCCCCAAAUCGCUGCGCAUACUUCAUACGUCCCAGUGUAUAAUACCCAACCACACUAUAACCCACCCCGAGCACCAGCAUACCAAAACCCUCCAAGACCAUAUGUCCCUGUCCAAGCACCAAUUCACCAAAAUAGACCAGCAUAUGCACCAAGACCACGUCCAAAUCCUGAAGCUAGAAAUGCUCGUGCUUACACACCGAUUGCUGAACCCUAUGCUCUAUUGUUUGAGAGGUUGAGGACAGCGGGAGUGCUGCAACCAGUUGAAGGAAAACUUCCUAAUCCAAUCCCUCAUAAUUUUGAUGGGAACAAGAGAUGUGCUUACCACUCGGGAGUCCAGGGACACGACACAGAAGAUUGUUAUGGUUUGAAGAACCAGAUCGAGUCUUUGAUCAGGAAAGGAGUAACCAAAUGCACUCCAGCACCUCCCAAUGUGAACAACAAUCCCUUGCCAAACCAUAAGUAUCGGGAAGUCAACAUGGUUACUUUGGAUGACCAAUAUGGGACCCCCGACUAUCCAAACAUAGUUACUUCGGUGCAACCUGUUAUCACUGUUCAACUAAGGGAACCUCUGACUGUCCAAACAUAUCUCCCAAGAGUUGUAGUGACCACUCUAGUUGCUAAGAAGCCUGAGUAUGACACCGAAGCAGUCCCUUGGGACUAUCGAGCAAGUGCCAAGGGCAAGAUGAUUGACACUGUCGUGGCUCAAGGGAUGACUAGGUCGGGGAGGUACUAUGCCCCAGAGGACCUAAAUCAAAGAGUUCUCGGAAAAAAAAUAGAAUCCAAAGAAGAACGUUACCGAUGCCGAAGCCGCAGAGUUUUGGAAGAAGAUGCAGUCUAA